GCGGCGGCGCGGGCCGAGAGGCUCGCGGAUUGGUUGCGGCGGGCGGAGACGUCAGGCUCCCGCGGCCCGAGCGGCCGCCGGGCUCGCGCGGCGCAGUAGGCUCGAGUGCGCACCUCAGCGAGGUGGUGUCCUCUGCCGUCCCGCUUUCCGCCGCCGUCGCCGGGCUGUGCCGCUUGAGCCGGGACGCGCCUCCGCGCUCCUCGCCGCCUCCACCCCCGCGGCCGCCGCUCCUCUCGCCGUCUGCACACACACCAUGACGAAGAAAGAGAAGAAGUCCUUCAACCAGAGCCUAGCCGAGUGGAAGCUCUUCAUCUACAACCCGACCACCGGAGAGUUCCUGGGACGCACCGCCAAGAGCUGGGGUUUGAUCUUGCUCUUCUACCUAGUCUUUUAUGGGUUCCUGGCUGCACUCUUCUCAUUCACAAUGUGGGCUAUGCUUCAGACUCUGAACGAUGAAGUUCCAAAAUACCGUGACCAGAUUCCUAGUCCAGGACUUACAGUUUUUCCAAAACCACUAACUGCAUUGGAAUAUUCAUUCACUGUGUCUGAUCCACGGUCCUAUCAAGGGUACAUUGAAGACCUUAGGAAGUUUCUAAAACCAUACGAUUUAGAAGAACAGAAGAAUCUCACAGCCUGUCCUGAUGGAGCACUUUUUGAACAGAAGGGUCCAAUUUAUGGUGCAUGUCAGUUUCCUGUUGCCUUACUUCAAGCAUGCAGUGGUGUGGAUGAUCCAGAGUUUGGCUACUCCAGAGGAAAUCCUUGUGUUCUUGUGAAAAUGAACAGAAUAAUUGGAUUAAAACCUCAAGGAGAACCAAGGAUAGAAUGUAUUUCAAAGAGUGAAAACACAGCAGCUCUAUCAACUUAUCCUCCCAAUGGACUUAUAGAUUUAAAAUAUUUUCCAUAUUAUGGGAAAAAACUGCAUGUGAGUUAUCUGCAGCCAUUAGUUGCUGUCCAGGUCUCCUUUAAUGCCACCAGCAGUACCGUAAAUGAAGUAACAGUUGAGUGCAAGAUUGAUGGAUCACCCAACCUAAAAAACCAGGAUGAUCGUGACAAGUUUUUAGGACGAGUUGUGUUCAAAGUCACAGCACGCGCAUAGUAGGAGUUAGGGCAUCUCCACAGAGUAAAUGUUGUGUUGUCUGUCUUCAUUUUGUAUCAGCUGGACCUGCCAUUCUAGAAUCAUGAGACCACCUUGGAGAAAGGUGGGGUGGUGGUACAUGACACUGGGGUAACGUGCUAAUGUGCUUCCAGACCAUAGUGUUCAGUGUCCUCUCACGUAACUGCCUGAUGCCUCUGCUGCCUUUCGAACCACGUAGAGUCGCCAGAUGGGGGCCGUGAGCACCAACUCCGAACACGUGGGAUGGGGGUCUGGUUUUAUUUUUAUGUGGUUUAAUUGCCGAGUGUCUAAAGCUUAAUGUGCUGUGCUAUGUAAAUAUUUUAUAGAUUUAACACUGGUUAACUGUCAUAUUUUGAUGCCAGCCACGUUUUAGGGAUAAAAUGGUACCUGAACAUCAUCACAUGACUCUAUAGCUACAAGAAAUGUGGUGUGGGGAGAAGUUCUGUAUGGGAGGAGGAAAAACAAAAUAAAAGUGGAUUUGAAAGGUUGACUUGAUGUUUUGUAAAAUUAUUUUUUACAUGCUGAAUUAGUCUGUGGAUCUUUUUGAUUAAGAGCACAAACUUUAUGUUGUAAAACAUGUAAAAAAUAUAUAUACCGAUGGGAUUAUUUUUAGUGCUGGAACUAAAUCUCUCAUAAUAAAAGAAGUAUUUUAGACCAUAGAUGAAACAGCAUUUUUAAGUUAGCCACUAUGAAUAUGCACCUAAUUUUUUAUGAAAUUAAAUUCAUAUGAUUUAAAUUGUACAAUAGUUUGUGAAAUAUCUUGUUACUGCUUUUAUUUAGCAGACUGUGGACUCUAAUAAAAAUAUCAGUUGUAAAAUAUAAAAA